CUCGGAUUAGGCAACGCUGACGGAGCUUACCAAACAAAACGCGGAAUCGCAGCUCUUCGUAUGACGUCACGGGUGUCGCUCGAUAUAAAGGCACGAACAGGAGGUGGCCCCUGGCAGACCACCUGGCAACACCCUCCAAAUGGCUUCCCUCGCUCGAGUUCUCCUCGCAGUUGGGCUUCUGGCGGUGGUCGGUGCCGCUCCUCAACUCAGGCCUUCCCACCCUCUGAGCGACACCCACGAGACUGACGCGCCACAGGAGGAAACACUGGCUAUCGAGCACGGGUUUGCAGAGUCUGAAGGCACCGACGAGGGCAGCGAGAACGUUCACGGCAUCGAAGAGGACACAGAAAGUGUCCCUGAGGAGGCUUUCGGCACCCAGAACGACUUCGAACCCUACGAGGCAACACCCACCAUCACGGAAAAGGUCCAUUCCAACUACAACCCCGGACACUCCUUUGGCUUCGAGAGUCACCACGCCAGUAACAGCGACGCCUUCGACCCCUCUCCAUCAUUCCCUCAGCAUCAUGACAGCCUCCCCGCCGGCCCAACCUUCGGCUAUGACGCAGCCUAAUAACCUGAACUACCACGAGCACACCACGCUCCACGGCUCGGAUGCAAACCACUUCUAUACACAAUACUCAUCUUCUGCCCCACACACAACGUGACUGUAACACACACACUUUCACAAUUUCACAUCGCCUAUAUACUCGUACAUUCCACGCAAAAUACAUAAUCGGACAUGUGUGUGUGUGUGUGUGUGUGUGUGUGUGUGUUCAGUUGCCUGCAUCUGCCCAUCGCGAUUUCGUCAACCGCCGCGAAAUAAAUAUCCAAAAAGGUCAAGCAGUUUUACGGUGUCUAAGGUGAACGUGAAAAAACUGAGUAUAUAUAUUUUUUAAAUAUUACGUACUUCACUCUAAUGCAUUACAGGAAACGGAUCUCUUGACGGUACUUAGUGUGUUGACAUCAUUGCUUGCUGCUCUUUGACGAAAUUCAGAAACAAAAAAAAAAACAAAAGUUUCAUAAAUGUUACUUUUUAGUUUCCGGUAUUGUUAAGCAGAUAUUCUUAUUUAAUUUUGUUUUAGUUUUUUUUUUUUUUCCUUCUAGCCUAUGUUUGUAUUUACACGGAUUGCAUAAUGAUGCCCUUGCGCUAGGCAACAAAUAAGGACCACAUACUGGUGAUAAGUUAUGUUCGCGUCAAAACCAAAACACGUCACUAUGAAAUCAUACGACCAUUUUAUUACUGUUUCCCAGCACCAGUUUUGCUCUUCAUUGUCUCAUAAAUAAACAUUUACUUACAUCUUAAAACUAUUGUUUUUAGUUUGUUUGUUACAAAACUAAAAGAAAUAUUAAUAAAGAAAUUUAGUUCA